AAUGAUAACCUGCAGAUGUAUUGUGUCUUAUUCUCUCCAUCAGAUGCCUGUGAACUGGUAGUGGACACAAACACAGUGAGCAGAAGACUCAAACUGUCUGACAACAACAGGAAGGUGACAGGUGUGGAGGAGGAUCAGUCAUAUCCUGAUCAUCCAGAGAGGUUUGACUGCUGGCCUCAGCUGCUGUGUAGAGAUGGUCUGACUGGUCGCUGUUACUGGGAGGUUGAGAGGAGAGGAAGGUCUUAUAUAUCAAUGAGUUACAGAGGAAUCAGAAGGAGAGGAGGCAGUAAAGACUGUGGGUUUGGAGGGAAUGAUCAGUCCUGGAGUCUGUUCUGCUCUGAUGAUGGUUACUCUGUCUGGCACAAUAACAGAACAACAUCUACCAUCCCCUCCUCCUCCUCUGUCUCUAACAGAGUAGCAGUGUAUGUGGACUGUCCUGCUGGCACUCUGUCCUUCUACAGAGUCUCCUCUGACUCACUGAUCCACCUCCACACCUUCAACACCACAUUCACUGAACCUCUUUAUCCUGGGUUUAGGGUCUGGUCUGGUUCCUCAGUUUCUCUGUGUCCUCUGCAGGUCUGAGACUCUCUCCUGUGGACAGAAACUCUGCUGACUUUAGAUCAGCUGCUGAAAUCAAAGUUGACUCUGUUCACCAUCACACACUCAAUCUGUCUCACCCCGGGAUGUUUAUAAUUUCCUACUUUGUUGUAAAACUGUUAAACGUCCAGUUAUGAACGACAGUUCCCAUGUUUGCCUCUUGAACAUCGGGCCAUUUGCAAUUUUCUCAACCAAGAAAUAUUUUUUUCAAACAUUGCCUGUGUUCUGUAUUGCAAUGCCAUCUCUACAUUCGGGUCACUUAAAGUUGUUUCAUACAUGUUCCAAAAAGGCUUUUGGUCUAUUGUCUUUUUGAUUUUGACUUAUUGAUCAUGUUGGGACCAUCAGAUAAAGGAGAAUUAAACCUGAUAUUAAACAGAGCUCUCAAAGGGAAACAUGUCUUCACAGACAAAGCGAUUUUUGGCCUACACGUAAAAUUCCAAGUCUGAUCCACCUCUGAAAAAAAGGACCGCACAUUUUACAGCUGCAGCCAGCAAGUCACACGUAGGUGUCACUUCACAAAAUGGCCCCAGGUCCGAGAACUAGGGUGACCGGACAUCCCGCAAAAUUCAGGACAGUCCCGAAAUCCAAUCAGUUGUCCAGAAUACCGAAUCCUGCCCUAAUUGUCCCGAAAAUUAGAGCAAAGUCUCAAGAGCAGACUCUCGAGUAGUUUGAUUGAACAUUAAAAACUGUUCAUGGUGGUUUUUAAUUGAGUCGUCCUGCAGCCAGCUCCUGUAAUCACCUGAGUUCAUGAUUUUAAUGAUUUUUUAUUUGUAUUUUCAGGUUUACAAGACAGACAGUUGAGUUUCUGAAUAAAAAUAAUAAGUAAUUUUGGUGUGGAGUUUUGAAAUUCAUGUUAAGCGCAGGCAGCCACAAGAAUGAGUGAUUGGAUUAGAUGUUGCUGAUGUUAAAGCGCAGACAUGACAGACUGUUGG